AUGGAAAACAAUAAUAAAAAAGAAAACAACCUAAUCAACAACAAGACCAAUUCAAAAGCUCAAGAUGAUAUUGAAUAUGAUGAUAUUGACCAAAUACCAAUUACAACGACCAGUACAAAAAAUGCUUUAAUAACAACCAUGCUUGGUCCAUGUGAAGUGUAUCCCCAUCGCGUAAAAGUAUCUAUCGUUGGGGUUGGAAAGAUUGGAAUGGCAUGUGCAAUCGCAAUUCUCAUGAGGAGAAUUGCGAGCGAGGUCUGUUUAUUCGACAAAGAUGAGAACAGGGCUAUGGCUGAGGCUGAAGAUAUUCGUCAUGCUGGGAUUUUUCUAGGAAACCCUCUAGUGACCGGUACUUCAGACGUAAGCAUGUUACAAAAAUCUGCUGUGGUGAUUAUAACAACUCCAGAAAAACGUUCAAACGAAGAGCCAAACGUUAAAGAUAACUUGGAGAUUUUUAAAAAGAUCAUACCACCAAUAACAAAAUUCGUUUGCAGUGGAGUUUUAUUGAUAGUGACAGAACCAGUUGAUGUUAUGUCUUACAUUGCCUUUAAACUUUCCAAAUUUCCCCCAAAUCGUGUACUUGGUAUUGGAACUCUUCUUGACAGUGCCAGAUUUCAAGAUAUUAUGAGCCAAAAAAUUGGAAUUGCACGGUCUUCUAUUAACUGCAUGAGUAUUGGUGCACAAGGAAACACGUCUGUUCCAGUUUGGUCAAGCAUUAAUGUAGCAGGUUUAAAAUUACGAGAUAUAAAUUCUCGAAUGGGUGAUAAAGAUGAUCCAGAAAAGUGGUACGAAGUUACAGAAUCAGUUCAUCAAAGUGAUGCAGUAUUAAAUCAAAUGAAAGGUGACAAGGGCCCAAAUUGUUGGGCUACCGGCAUUUGCACAGCAGAAAUCGUUGAUGCAAUAAUCAGAAAUACAAAAGUCGUUUUACCAGUGUCUACACAUAUAUGUAGUAGUAACCAAGGUAUAGACAAUGAUGUUUACAUGUCAAUACCCUGUGUGAUUGGCCGAGAAGGUGUUCAUUGUACAGUACGACAAAAAUUAACUGAUCAAGAGAAAUUAGAAGUUCAAGCAUGUGCUGAUAGUAUUAGAAACACAUUACGUGAAUCUGGUAUUCUACAGGAAGUUAGUGAAGACGUUGAGAAGUAG